CAUGCUGCAAACAGAAGCAAAGCAGACCAACGUUGUUGUUGGGAAGUAAUGGAGUCUCGGCUUAAAGAAUCGGCGCCAAACAAAGAUGGAAAGCAAACGAUAGAAUGGCGAAAAAAAGCCAAAGAAAAUAAUAAGCACCAAAAUCGCAUGGCUGCAUUUCCUGGUGCAGCUUUAAAAUUCCCAAGGUGCAGGCUGAAGAUUGAGCAGGAAGAAGCAAAGAAGAUGAAAGAGCGAUUGUCAAAUCGGCAUUAUGGAGAGGGAGAUGGCAAUGAACCGGUAGAUAGCUACAAAGAGGACAUGGAUGGCGAGGAAAACCAAAGCAAAGAUGGCUACGAGAGAAAACCCCUUAACGGUUCUGUUCAACCAGACCAUAAACAAAAAAGAAGUAAGCAGAAGCAUAGAAAAAAAUAUUAUAAAAGUUUGUUGGACAGGUUCUUCAGAGACAAGGACUUUAAGAUUCGGAAAACUGCACAUAGCCAGUCAAAGUUUGGGAAGUUCAUCCAUAUUGAUACAGAUCCCAAUGGUGGGGCAUCAGUCAUUCAUGCAUACAUAGAUGAGGUUGCAAAAGUCAAAGAAGCCUAUGUUGAUGAGUUUGUUGAUGAUUUUUUGCGACUUGUUUUUCAAGAAGAAAAAGAAGGGGUUUCAAAUGUUGUUAUGGGUAUUGUUCAUGGGGCAGCAGCUAAAAUUCCGGAGCCAAUGGAGUAUCUUGCCAACAAUUGUCCAAAUCAUAUGGUAAUAACUGAAGUGCUUGGAAAGAAGUCAGAUCUUGAGACAAUCACUAUAAAAGAUUUCCAUCAAAGGGUUGAGAAUACCUUUCAUAAUGGAACAUACAGAGCUGGUCCACUGAAUCAGUUCAGCUUGGUUGGGACUGUGGAUGGAGAGUCAGGAGGAAUGUUUCCUGACAUACUUGACCAAUUAGAAGCUGAUCCAUUCCUUUACAGAACCGUACCAUGGGGCAAGCUGUCUGUUUUGCAUAUGCUUGAUAGAAGUUUGAGUAAUGAUGGGCCAAUCAUGUGGGUUAGGCCUGGGGAACAAAUGGUUCCAAUGGGAGAAGUUGCCAGGUCACCUCUUGCAAAACGAAGAAGGACAGCUGUCAAUGAACUUCACAAUCUCCACUACCUACCACGUGUAUCUGAACCUAGAGAGUUUUUGGCUGAAGAUAGAACCAAAUGUCAUGCAGACCAUGUCGGGCAUGGUAUUGACAGACAAACAACUGCAGCUGUUGGUAUUUUGAAGGCUGUUCAUGUUGGAGAAAGGUCAGCAAAUUUCCGUGAGGUGAAAGAUGUGAUUGCAUUUCACUCUGGUGACUUUUUUGGUGUUUCAGAGAAGAUGCAACUUGAUCUUCAUGAGCCACCUGUUUCACAGUGUGUUCAGUGGAUUGAUGAGGGUAAGCUGAACCAGUUGAGAAGAGAAGGGGUCCGCUAUGCCAGAAUCACUCUAAGAGAUGAUGACAUAUACUUCAUUCCAAGAAAUGUCUGUCACCAGUUCAAGACAAUUUCUGCUUGUACCAGCAUUGCAUGGCACAUCAGACUAAAGCAAUAUUACCCUGAGCCAGAAGAAGAGAAUGAUUCGUCAUCUGAUGGAAGUUCAAGUGACAGUAGCAGUGACGAUGAUGAUGAUAAUGAGGACAAUGAUGACGGUGAUUCUUCCAGCUCAGAAAAUGCAUAACCAUUGACAGCUCUGUACAAAUACUUGACCAUAUAUCUUUCAGGUAUAUUAUUUAUCAAGAGUAUUUUAUUGUCAGGAUUUCAUCAUCAACACUGCGUUGGAUGUCAAGAAAUUUGGUCAGCUGCCUCUUAAUUAAUCAUGUUAGUACCAAUGUGCUUUCCCACUUGCCCAAUUAUCUUUUCCUCUAUUUGAACCUGCACCAUAUACCAGAAAACUUUCAAUUUUUAUUGGGCCUAAAAUGCUUGGUCAGAAUGCUAUUUUAUUUAAUUUUGUAUUUCUAUGCACAGGCUCUUAUCAGGUCAGAAUUUUGUUGUCACCUUCAGUUCUGGUAUCCCCAAUACCUUGCACAAAGUUUCAACCCAAUUUUACUCAGUCUACAGGACCUUUUGAAUUGGAUUAUGUUUUUAAAAGAAUUGGAUUUUCAUCCAUUAUCAAUAUUUCCAAUAAAGCUGUAUUAAAGGACAUUUGGUUUUUUUCUAUUUAUUAUUGUCUUAUGUAGAUAGUUUGUGUUGUUUCGUCCACUAAAAGCUUUGUUUUCACUUUCACUGUGCCUGCCAACUGAAGAUAUAUUGAACUCAAAUCUAUUUUUCAACUCCAUAGGAGAACAUUGCCAUCAAUUAGUUAUGCAGAAUUUAUUUUUAUGUCCAAAAUUGUCUUACUUCUUUACGUGCUGCUAAAAUUAUCUUUGUAUUUUCUAGGACCCCCUGUUACCUUCAGAAUUUUGCAUUAUAGCUUUUUGGUAUUUUCAAAUUAGUAGUCUUUUUGAAUAACUACCUAAGGUGAGCCUUAGGUAUGAAUGACGACAUAACAGUGGUAAGAUAAAGCUAUCACCUGAAAGCCAGUUGCCAUAUUGAGAGAAUGUCAAAAUGUAAUUUUCAAAUGAAUUGGCCUCAAAAAAGUCCACAAUAUCAAUUAUUGUAGAUAAUCACCACUCAUGGUGCUUCCCUACCCAAGAUGUUUUUGAGCAAACUCAAAACCAAAACUCUAAUUUUGUUUUUUGAGAAAAUUUUAAAGUUAUGUCAGGUUCAUUGUCAAAGCAGUGUUGAUGUUGAUAUCCAGAAAGUGCAUUUAUCAUGCAAAUGUAAAUAUGUAAAUAGGCUUAGCGCUUACUUUAUUGCAUAUUUGAAAGGUAUACUUAAAGAAUGUUAUAUUUUAAACCAACAUUCACAUCUAGUAAAUAAAUACAAAGUUUUAAAGCACCGAGUUUGCAGCAUUCUAAAAAAAUCCUUGAGUCUCUUUUUUGUAUUCUGCUAAGCAACAAUACCGGGGCUUCGCCUAAGUUUUUUGGAGAAGGCCGGCACCAUUGGCUAUUAAUCUAUUUCAGCCUCUUCUGAAGGCUCCUGCAUCCUGUUGUUUUAGCCUCUCUUUAACUACUUUCCAAUGACGUCACUUCGUAUGAUUCGGCUGGUACGUUUACGGGUUCAAAUAUUUCAGACUGAAUUUU